GUUACUUUAGCCUAUCAACUCCUCCCUCUUCUCGUUCUCACAAUCUUCUUUCUCCUGGACUCUGCAAAUUCUUGGCUGACCUACUGCGCUUCACUCAAUGCAAUUACAAUCGCAAGCCGUUGCUUGCACGCUCUCUGUCUGUUGGUUCAGCCAAGGCUAUGACGACGACCACCAGAUUGUCUAUGAAUGCUAAUUUUUCCAUUUCUAAGCCUCCCAAUUCAAUUGAUGCGGCUUUGAACCUUAGACUAUGCUGUCUGAAAAAUGUUUGCUCAUUUGGUUGGAAACUCCAUUCUCAAUCCUGUUUCGUUCAUGUCAAUAGUUUCAGUAGAAUGGAAUGGUCUAUUAGAAGCAGUGUGGAUGGCAGUGGGUUUGAUCCUUCUUCCGGUAAUGGCGGUAGGCCCAGAUUAAUUAGGGCCAUCCAAGGUAUUCAAACCAAACUAGGUGUGAGGAUUCAGGAAUUAAGGAAAAAUCUCCCCAUGAAGAUACUGUUUUUCUUGGUAGGAUUUUAUUGUGCAACAGCAUUUGCAACUGUUAUUGGGCAGACAGGUGACUGGGAUAUUCUAUCUGCUGCCUUGGCUGUCUUCAUUGUGGAGGGGAUAGGAGCCCUCAUGUAUAGGGCCUCUCUUCCUCUACUCAACAAUGUUAAGAGUCUGAUCACCAUGUUUAACUACUGGAAAGCUGGGCUUUCUCUCGGUCUCUUCUUGGAUUCAUUUAAGUAUGAACUGGAUAAGCUUACUGGCUUUAGCAUUCCCUCGAGUUUUGAUCUUGAUGUUUUUGCACUAUUCGUGUAGCCUGCUGCUGUUAGCCUGUUACUGUAUGCUGUUAUCCUAAUAUAUAGCGUGCAUCCAUCAUAAGAUAUGUAUUGACACAAGCGAGUCAAGACUUGAAUGCAUGGACGGGUUCGAAACGUCUGGUUGCCACUCAGGCCAUUUGAUCGACUAUAAAUGGUAGCAUUAAGAAGAAAGCAAUCCAGUUGUGAAGUUCUUCAGAGAAAAUAGUUGCUCAUUUCAUUUGGAGAAAUUCUUUGCCUUGUCACCAUUGGUGCUUUUUGGUUCCCUAGGUUCAUUCUUAGCUUGAAAUAGAAGGUAGAAUUUCGUGGUCAUCCAUGUACUAGAGGGACAUUGUUAUGAUCAUUUGGAGAUGAGAUAACUGAAAAGGUGUUUUCCACAUUUCGGGUUCACCCAAAUGACCGAUUCACGAGGUACAUUCUGAACUUUGGUUGACAUUCGACUGUGGUUGUUUUGUCCUUUCGGAAGCACUUCCCAUGGUUUCUAAAUGAGAAAAGUUUCUCAGCUUGAUUCAAGUAUCAAAGGAAACCACUUAUUUCUGGCCUGUAUAUUGUAUACCUUUUAGUAGAUGUCCAUAAGUUAAGGGCAUAUAAGAAUGUAUAAGGCUUAUGGGAGUAGCGUAGGAUCAUUUAACUCCAGUAUUACACUUGUUUA